CGGGUUUCCUCGUAUCACAAAAGUGGGGUGUGGCACGAUUAGCACGACCAAUCUACAAGGAUUCUUAUCGUACCAAGUAAAGUCGGGAACUUGCGCAAUUAUAACAAGAGGACCGAUAUCGGUAAAUGUCGUAUCACCAAACCUUUGUUCGCCGAUGCACCCAUAUAUGAUACACCGGUCGCACUGGAGUUAUGGCUAGCUGUACCCACCGUGAGACUCGCAGGAAGCGAGAGACAUGUAUAGAGUGUUCUCUGCGACAGCAAAGAUGCGAUCGUCAAAUACCGUGCGAGCGAUGUGAAAAGAGAGGUGUCGCUGAAAGGUGUACCUUGUCAUGGGACGAACAGAGCGACGAGUCAGCUAUCGAGGCAAAAUGUAUACCCCCAGCAACCGCAACACUGAUUCCGUCGCAACCUCGUCGCAAUUUUGAACCCGGCCCUAACUGAUGCACACAGUCCGAGAUCUAAUAUUAGACUUCCUUAUUCUAAUGAUGUACCCGAAAUUUCCAAUAAAGCGCUUUUAGACUUGAUAGAGAAAUUGAACGCGAAAAUUGACCACCUGGAAUCCGCACUUUAAAAUAAACAGAGUAUGGUCUUAUCGCAGGAAAUGUUUAAUAAACCAGAAUUACUUUUGUCAUCGCCUGUAUGCUCG